AAUAUUCGAACGCGAACCUUGAAGUGGCAAGCCUAUUUUAUACAUAUAAACCGUUGUAUUGGCGAGAGAAGCUCAGUUCAUCAUUGAAAUCAAAAUGAAGAUCGUCGGUGUACUUUGUGCUUUUGUGUUCAUCAUCGUGACUGGUGCAGAAUGUGCCAAAAUACUGGGUGUUUUUCAUCUGGCUGGAAAGAGCCACUACAUGGCCUGCAGCACUCUUAUGAAGAUACUUGCUGAGAAGGGCCACGAUGUUACAGUUGUCGCAGCUUUCAAAGAGAAAAACCCACCGAAGAAUUAUCGACAAAUAUAUCUCGAUGGACUGUACGAACAGACUUCAGCUCAAUCGAUCAACCUCUUCGAAACAACAAGUUUUGCUGCCAUAACUCCAAUCGUUUUCCACUUCAUCUCAAACAUGUUUCAAGAGAUGGCUUUCAAUCACACAGUUUUCAAGGAAUUUAUGAAAACGAAUGAGAAAUUCGACGCAGUUAUCGUUGAGGAAUUUCAAUCCGAAGCUAUAAAAUACGUAGGCCAUCAUUUCAACGCACCCUUGAUCGUAUACAGUGCUAUGGAUGCCGGCGACUGGACCAACCCCUUCCAAGGAAAUCCUGACACACCUUCUUAUCACCCCUGUACUGCUCUACCCCACCUAACGAACCACAUGUCGUUUUUGGAGCGUGUAGAAAAUACGUUAUAUUACACUUAUAACAACAUUUUUUACCACCUGAUAUCCUUCCCCUCCCAGAACAGGCUUCUACACCGGUAUUAUCCAGAUGCUCCUCACCUCAAAGACAUAGCCUACAAUGUUUCCUUGGUACUCUUGAAUACUGACCCUAGCGUGCAUGAGCCUAUUCCGAAAGUACCAAGCAUGAAAGAUAUUGGAGGUUUUCACAUAAGAAAGCCCAAGCCUCUUCCUGAAGAUCUUCAGAAGAUCUUGGACAACGCCAAACAUGGCGUCAUAUUCUUCAGUUUAGGAUCAAACGUUAAAAGCAAGGACAUGCCUAAGGAAAAGAGAGACUUCAUACUUAGGAAGUUCUCGAAGCUUAAGGAGACUGUUAUUUGGAAAUUCGAGGACACAGAAUUGCCUGGCAAACCUGACAAUGUCAUCAUCAGGAAUUGGCUGCCACAAAACGAUAUCUUUGCUCACAAAAACGUCAAAUUGUUCAUUUCUCAUGGAGGCCUAUACAGUACAAUGGAGGCUGUUUACCAUGGUCUGCCUGUUAUGGCUUUAUCAGUUUUUGCGGAACAAGAGCUGAACGGUAAAAGAGCUGAAUCGAAUGGAUUCGCAAGACAUAUACGAUUCCAACAACUCACUGAGACUUCUUUCAGUGAAAUCUUGGACGAUCUUUUAAGCGAUCCAAAAUACAGAGAGAACGCUAAAAAACGUUCAGGCAUCAUGAAAGACAAACCCAUGGACCCUGCAGAUGCUGUUAAUUUCUGGGUAGAAUACGUAGUCAGACACAGGGGUGCUCCACAUCUUAGGUCAGCUGCAUUGGACCUCGAAUGGUACGAAUAUUUGUUGAUAGAUGUUGUGCUGUUCAUUCUAACAAUGGCUGGAGCUUUCCUUUUCACUGUUGUAUACUUGUACAAGCUAUGGUCUAAGAGGAGAUCAAGCAUUAAAGAGAAGAAGAAUUAAUUUUUGUUCAUAUGGACUUAUAAGACUGAGGGACAAAAAGGAAUUUCAAUAGAUUCCUAACAGGGACAAGUUUUUGCUACGUGUAAAAAUUUAGAAAUUAGUGUAGUUAUUUCUCAGCGAAAUCAUGAUUAUGUUUCUGUUUGAUUCUGAAAAUACUUCAUUCUUGAUAAUAUUGUCAUUAUCAUAGCUCAAGAAUUUUUUUCACCAAACGAUAAAAAAUAUCAUUACCAAAUCUAGAAAUAUGAAAAUGAUGUGAUCAGACAUAAUUUCUCUCAAUGGAAUGUGAUUUAAAUGUGAGCACGAAAUGUUGAAGGGAAAAUGAAAACCGUUUUUUAUCGUA